AUGGGGAAAGGUUUCUACAUCAGCAAGACUGUCGCUGCUGUGGCGAUCGUGGUGGGAGCUGCAGCUGUGGCUACCAUCAUUGCUCUGUCUGUGGUCUACUCUCAGGAGAAAGACAAGAACACGGUGAAACCAGCGGACGUGGUGACCACCGCUGUGCCAACCUUUGCUCCAACCACUGCACCAUCCAACGACCCCUGGCACAGGUACCGUCUCCCUGAUACUCUGGUUCCAGAAUUUUACGAUGUCAUCCUCUGGCCACACAUCAGACAAGAAUCCAACCGCAUCGACACCUUCACGGGAAACUCGUCUGUGGUCUUCCGGUGCGUGCGGGAGACGGACCUGAUCCUCAUUCACUCCAACAAGCUCAACCUGACGGCAGAGCCCACGCUGACUGCCCUCAGUGGCACGCCUGCUCCCAUCAUACACUCCACCUGGAUGCAGGACACCACACAAUAUCUCGUGAUGCAGCUAAACAGCAAACUAACGGCAGGAGAAUCCUACGUGCUCCUCACUGAGUUUGUGGGGGAGCUCGGCAAUGGCCUAGGAGGAUUUUAUAGAAGUGAAUACAAGGAAAAUGGAAAAAUUAAGGUGAUAGCCACAACUCAGAUGCAGCCCACAGAUGCCAGAAAGGUAUUUCCUUGUUUCGAUGAGCCUGCCAUGAAAGCAACCUUUAACAUCACUCUGCUACAUGACCACAAUACCAUUGCCCUCUCUAACGGCAAGGAAAUUGAGUCUGUUAACGUUACAAUCAAUGGCAUUUCCCUUAAGAAAACAAGAUUUGAACAAACCAAGAGAAUGUCAACUUACUUGCUGGCAUUUGUUGUCAGUGAAUUUGAUCAUAUUGCUCAAACGGAUGGAAAUGUUUUGAUCCGCAUUUACGCCCGCAGAGAAGCCAUCAGUGCUGGGCAUGGAAAUUACUCACUCCAAAUCACCGGUCCCAUCCUCAAUUUCUUUGAAAGCUAUUACAAUACCCGCUACCCCCUCUACAAAUCCGACCAGAUCGCUCUGCCAGACUUCAAUGCAGGAGCAAUGGAGAACUGGGGUCUGAUCACGUACAGGGAGACGGCACUGCUGUUUGACCCUGAAGUGUCCUCCAGCGGGAACAAAGAGAGGAUCGCCACAAUCAUUUCUCACGAGCUCGCACACAUGUGGUUUGGGAACCUAGUAACUCUGAAGUGGUGGAAUGACCUGUGGCUCAAUGAGGGAUUUGCCUCCUAUGUUGAAUAUCUUGGAGCUGACCAUGCUGAGCCUUUGUGGAACAUUAAAGACCUGAUAGUACUGAACGACAUCCAUCGAGUGUUCGCCGUGGACGCACUGGCGUCUUCUCACCCCCUCUCCUCUAAAGAAGAGGACAUCAUGAAGCCAGAGCAGAUCAGUGAGCUGUUUGACACCAUCUCCUAUAGCAAGGGGGCGUCUGUGUUGAGGAUGCUCUCGGAUUUCCUGACUGAGCCCAUCUUUGUCCAGGGACUAAGUAGUUAUUUGAAUCACUUCCAGUUCAACAACACAGUUUACAGAGACCUUUGGGAUCAUCUCCAAGAUGCAGUAAUCUCGAGUGGAACUAAGCUACCCAUGACUGUUGGAGAUAUCAUGGACCGCUGGGUUCUUCAGAUGGGUUUCCCAGUGGUCACCAUUAACACCACGACUGGAGAUCUCACUCAGGAACACUUCCUGCUGGACCCUCAGUCUAAACCCAAUCAAAUAUCUCCGUUCGGCUACGAGUGGAUUGUGCCUAUCCAGUCAAUUAAACAUGGAUCUUCGCAGGAAUUAUAUUGGCUACAGAGCAAAACAGCUCAAGAUAACCGAAUGAAGACUACAGCGCCUGAAUGGCUAAUAGCCAACUUCAAUGUCUCAGGAUACUACAGGGUGAACUAUGACCAAAAGAACUGGGAAAGGCUCCUGGCCAUACUCAUGUCAUCUCAUGAGGUCAUUCCAGUCAUUAACCGGGCCCAGUUAAUUGAUGAUGCGUUCAACCUUGCGAGAGCCCAGCACAUUUGUACCACGCUGGCCCUGCAAACCACGAAGUACCUGUCCGCAGAACGAGAGUACAUGCCCUGGCAGACCACCCUUAACAACCUAGACUACUACUAUCUUAUGUUCGAUAGGAAUGAGGUUUACGAUCUCUUGCAGAAGUAUGUUAGGAAACAAGUAGAACCCCUUUUCUACUACUUCAAGAGCGCUACUGCCAACUGGACAGAAAUCCCCAGUGGCCUCAUGGACCAAUAUAAUGAGGUGAAUGCUAUUCGCAUGGCUUGCAGUACAGGAGUAGAGGAGUGUGUUAGUCUUAUCAAGGGCUGGUUCCAGCAGUGGAUGGACAACGAAGCUAUCAACCUGAUUAACCCAAACCUGAGGUCCACAGUGUACUGCAGUGCCAUAGCUGCAGGGGGCGCUAAAGAGUGGGACUUUGCCUGGAGGAUGUUCCUGAAUACCAACGUCGCUACUGAGGCAGAAAAACUGAGGGCAGCGUUGGCGUGCUCCACGGUUCCAUGGAUUCUGAACAGGUAUUUGGAGUACACGCUGAAUCCAGAGCUGAUCCGAAAGCAGGAUGCUACGUCCACCAUAAUCUACAUUGCCAACAACGUGGUAGGACAACCUCUGGCGUGGGAAUUCAUCAGAGCCAACUGGGCGUACAUCUUCAGCGAGUAUGGUGGUGGAUCGUUCUCCUUUUCCAACCUGAUCAAUGGGGUCACCAAGCGAUUUUCAUCCCUAUUUGAGCUCAAACAGCUGGAGCAGUUUAGGGAUGACAAUGCUGAUGUGGGAUUCGGUUCAGGCACACUGGCAAUUCAGCAGUCCAUCGAGAGGACAAGAGCCAACAUCAGAUGGCUGGAACAAAACAAAGCAGAGGUGACGGAGUGGCUGAAAAAGGCAACCGAGCAAUAGCUGGAUAAAGCACACACAUACACACACACACACACACA